AUGACUAAAGAUACUGUUAAUAAACCGGUCUCGUUCCGUAUUGUGGUCGGGCUGUAUGAGCACAACUUGUUAUGUCUCUCUGUGAAUAUUACUGAAAAGAGCGAGCCUCUCUUCACUCCAAUUUUUCACUUUCAAGCCCACACCCUAUCUAUCAAGUCCAUUGACAUCGCCAAACGCUACUUGGUGACUGGUUCAAACGAUGAGCAUAUCAGAAUCUAUGAUUUGAAAAGAAGAAAAGAACUAGGUACGCUUUUGAGUCAUCAAGGUACCGUCACCACCUUGAAGUUCUCUAAAGAGACCGUGGACAGUGACGAUGCCAAGUCUGGAAAGUGGUUUCUUUCUGGCUCAGAAGAUGGAAAGAUCAUCAUUUGGCGUACAAAAGACUGGGAAAUGUUUGGAACUUUGAAGGGCCACCAGGGAAGAGUAAACGACUUGGACAUUCAUCCAUCAGGAAGAGUUGCCAUUUCUGUCAGCACAGACAAAACCAUCAGAUUGUGGAAUUUAAUGACGGCUAAGAAGGCCGCUAUUUUGAAAAUCAAGGGAAGGGAUCAUUUGGGCCAGUCCGGUGAGAUGGUCCGCUGGACUGGUGACGGUAAACAUUUCUUGGUGGGACUUUUGAAUCAGAUCUUUGUCUACACCUUAGGCGCCGAGGCUGAACUUGCAAGCAAGAUCAAGCUUAAAACCACAUUGAUGUGCAUGGAGGUUUUGCAGAUAGAAGGCGAAGAGUAUUUGGUGACUGGUCACAGCAAUGGAGCUCUAGAAUUUCAUCUCGUAAGUACCCUCAUCAAGAGUGAUGAUGAGCAAAAGCCUGAGCCUGCUUUCACUUUGACUGGUCACUCGAACAGAAUUAAGGGUAUCUCGUUGCACCAGUCAAAGGUUGAUACGAAUGACGUUCCUUAUCUUGUCUCAGUAUCAUCUGAUGGAAGAAUCGUUGUGUGGAAUUUGUCUUCGAAGGUACGUGAUCAAGUUGCAGUCUACGACAGUGGUGAGAGAUUGAACUGUGUUGCUGUAUGCGGCGAAGCAAUUGAAGACACUGAAGCCUUGAAGAGAAGGUAUGAGGAGGUCGAGACCGACAAAGCCGCCGGCUUGGAGUCUGAAUAUGAGUCUGAUGGUGAGGAGUUAGUGAAGGCAGCUGUUACAAACACCAGAAAGAAAGGGAAGAAGAACCAAAAGAGCAAGGUUACUGUGACGCUCGAGUAG